UUGCCGCAGUCCCUUUGACGCAGAUAUCUUAAUUGCAGCAGCUCGUCUAUUCGCAGGUAUCAGUGGGUGCCGAAAUAUUGGAAUCUUUGCUAUUGUUGUGAUAUUUUUGCAAGCGGUUGAAAUGGACGUAGCCAAGCAAAAUCUGUAUAAAAAGGCUUCGCAUUUCCAGCGCUGAUUCAGUUUGUGUCUUCCACUUGUUUCAGCAGUCAAGCUUGAAAGUAUCUAUUAUUUCAGCUCUCCACACUACUCGGCAGUUAACUAACGGAAUAAGAAUUCAAAUACAAAAAUGUCCACUAUGAUCACACAUGUCUUCUUGCUGUACGCCAUCGGCUUCAUUGCCAUAAGUGCAGGUGAGGGAAAUGUAGAGGUAAACCCCUUAACAUCGGAGAAGUCUUUGAAUCGCCGCAGUCUGUCUGGAUUUGGCAGCGAGUCAGGACACACAGUAGCUAUCAGUGCUAACCCUUGGUUGGGUGGCGGCAAUAAUGCACAUUUCAGUGGCGGUUUUGGGGACCUAGCUGUUAGCGGCUGGAAUCCUUGGAAGAAUUUUGGUGCGAGUCACAGCUCGGCGCCGUCACCCAGCGAAGUGGCUAAUGCCAUUGCCUCCGCAAAACAAGCUUCAGCCAAUGUAUUAAUUUCGCAACAACAAAUGCAGGCCGCUAAAGAGAAUGUGCUCAAUCAACAACGCAUGGCUAUGGAGAAGGAAACUGCUGCCGCUAUACUCACACAAAAAUCCGAGGCAGCUGCCGCUAUUCAACGCUCCGAAGCAGCGGCGGCCGCACAAGCUGUAGUGUUGGCGCAGCAACGAUUGGCCGCGUCAAAAGCUGCGGUGGCGCAUCAACAACGUAUUGCUGCAGCGCGUGAAGCUGAAGCAGCAUCGGCAUUGCAACGAUCGGCUCAUGCGGCUGCGGCUGAGAUACAGAAAACCGAAUAUGAAGCCUCCAAACUGGGACAAUAUACACGAAACGGCAAUGCUGGGGCGGCACAUCAUCUCACCUUGACCAAGGAUGUGGCAUUCAGUCCCAUAACGGCAGGCACCAAUCAUGUACCCAAUGUGCAGUCAUUUGGUCCAUGGGCGAGCAGUGGAGGCAAGGGAUCGAUUGGUGGUGGUGCUGGAUCCGGUGGUUGGCUCUAAACCGCUCAAUUUAAGCUUCAAAAUAUCCACAUAUGUUUAUUAGACUCUAUUCAACAAUUUGUUAUAACUAAUUUGUAUAUUCCAUUUUUGCAAUAAAAAAGCAAUUCGCUACA